UCAGGGGAUGUGAGUGAAAGAGUGAGGCACUGACAGCCAAUAGACAUUCAGACUGCGCGGGUCAAACAAAAAACCUGCAGCACGUGGUCGCUUUAGCAUAAAACAGCUACAGGCUGGUAACCGUCCUCCCGUAACCAUAGAGUCGCACUACAGAGCAGCACUCCUUUCUUUCCUGUGCGCCUCUCUAUAGCAUGAUCCCGCCUUUCCUCCCUCCUCGUAUUCCGUCACUCAGCUUUCAUUCCGCACUCGGCAGAUUCCACAUCUCUGAAUCAAUAAAAGGGGAAAUAAAAAUCCACCGACGCUUCGUUUAUGUUAUUAGUGAGUCAAUGAAUAGGAAAUCGUCCUCAGUCAGACGGAAAACUGCGCCGCUAAAUUUUUGGUAAUUGUGUAGAAAGUGCCGCGGCGGAAAGUGCUGGAGAGGAACCCAGUCUUUGCUUUCAGUGACUGCAGAUUCCACUCCCCGCGGGACGCGCAUAUGGUUUGAGCCGCCGCAUUUGUGGAGAGAACGAGACCGCUUGGAGGCGGGAGAGACAGAAAAGGCAAGAGGAAUUAAAUAGACCUCCGGGGAGAGGAAUGGAAGCAAAGGGGGCGGGGCCGGAGUGAAAGUGCCGGAGCGGAAGGGAAGUCCGCGCCACCGGGAAGGAGCGAGAGAGGGAUCCGGGGAGAGACAGCGGGGAACACAGCGCUUCAGUCAGGUGAGAGGCAGCCAAGUCGUCACCGGAGGCAGCCGGGAAGGUCAGAUGUCCCCAGAUGGAGCCCGAGGGCGAAAGUCACAGAGGGGCCGGCUUCCAAUGGAGGAGUUACAAGUUGUUAUUGGAUCCCGUGUUACACAGUCGCAGAACAACACAGAAAGUCUAUCGCUAUGAUGGAAUCCACUUCAACAUCUCCGAUGGAGCAUUCCUUCCUUUGGGGGAUGUGCGGGACCCCCGACAGCAUCGGAUGUGGAGCAAACCACGAGAGAUAUCCCUCCCUGUUCCUAAAUUGAAGUUUGAUGAGUUCUACGUGGGACAAAUUCCCCAGAAAGAAAUCACUUUUGCGCAUCUCAAUGACAACGUGCGGGAGCCUUUCCUGGCUGAUAUGUGCCGCAAGUUUGGGAAUGUGGAGGAAGUGGAGAUACUGCUGCACCCCAAAACUAGAAAACAUCUGGGGCUGGCCAAGGUCCUCUUCUCCAGCUCCAAAGCAGCCAGGGAUACAGUCACUCACCUCCACAAUACGUCUGUUAUGGGCAACAUCAUCCACGCAGAGCUUGACCUCAGAGGUCAGCAAAGACAAAAAUAUUACGACCUGAUUGUGAGCGGCUCUCACAACCCCCAGACAGUGCCAACGAGUGGGAGACGGGCACAGGACAGGCUGCAGCCAGAGAUGGUGGACUCCAGGCGCAGACUUUCCAGCGGCGACUCCUCCUUCCUCCCUAAUAACGGAACUCCCUCCUCUCAGGAUCUGGGCUCUUCCUACAGCCAGUAUACCCCAUCCUCCUCGCAAGGCACCCCCUACACUCCUCGUGGUGGCACCCCCUUCUCUCAGGACUCUGCCUAUUCCAGCAGACAGGGGACUCCCAGUCAUUCCUCCACUCAGGACUCUUCGGGAUAUAAAUCGAGGCGUCAGGAGAACAGUUCUGGGGACUCACAUUCCCGUCGUUCUGGACACCACUAUUCCCCAGCUCCAUCUUCCUCUGCAUCCUCCUCCUCCUCAUCCCAGCAUGAGAGCAGCCAGAAACGAUUUCACAGGCACCAACACCAGUCCUCCCCACAGUCAUCUUAUCGCUCUCGCCACCGCAAACCACCCCCACCCCCAGAAGAACCCCCUCUAAUUGGCUUUCCUGGAACUCCACCUCUGCCGCCACCACCUCCUCCUCCCCCACCCCCUGAUGACAUUCACAUAGAUCGUGAUUACCGAAUAGGCCACCCUCCUCUUCCUCCUUCCAUAGCUGCACCUUCAACUGCUCUUCUGGUGCCUCCACCUCCACCUACUGAGGGAUGGGAGCCUCCACCUCCUCCUUUACCUCCUUUACCACCGGCCUGUUCUCCUCCUCCUUCUCCAGCUCGUUCCUGCUCUCCACUCCUUGAUGGGGUCUCAGAGAGUCUGCCAUUCACACAACACAGUAGCAGCCUGGACUCCCGUAUUGAGGCUUUGCUGAAGGAACAACGUUCAAAGUUCUCCUUCCUGCCCUCUGACACUGAGGAGGAAGAGGAGGCAACAACAGAAGCGCCUGCUCAAGAGCCAGUCAUAGUGGAAGAGGUUCCUCCUGUUGUUCAUGGUCCAUACACCCCUCCACUACCCGCAAGCUUUGAGGACGUAUCAGCGGAGGCCAUACUAAGAAUGGCAGAGAUUGGCAGAACAGCAAAUGGCCAAGACAGGCUGUCGUCUGGAGAAGAUAUGGAGAUUUCGGAUGAAGAGAUGAAUAUGGAGAUGCCCGGAGCAGCAGUACCGCCUUUCCCGCUUCUGCCACUUUUACCUGGAGCCGCAGGCACCUUUCAGACUCAGCCCAUUCCGUCCCCUUUGCUCCCUCUGUCCCACCAUCACCCUCAGCCCCCUUCUCCCUUCCCUCUCCUGCCCAACACUGCUGCCCGGGGAAGACUGGGAGACCUCGCCGCUGGCUCAUCCACCCCUUCUGCACUUGAUCCCUCAUCCUCCUCUUCAUCUGCCCCCCAUAUAUAUGACUUUGUCAACUCAAUGGAGUUAGUUAACCGCCUGGGUAACCAAUGGGGCGGCACCUCUAUGUCCUUUCAGAUGCAGACACAGAUGCUCAGCCGACUGCAGCAGAACAGGCAGGGCAAAAAUGUUCCCUUUGAGGACCCUUACCCCCCACCUCUCCUCCCACACCCCAUUCCUCCUCGGCUUCACCAGCCCCAUCCCCCACCACCCCUAAUGUCUGAGCAAGUCUUUUCCCCGGCCUUCCCUCCUUUCCCUGCCCAGCAGCCCCAGCCUCUAUUGCCCCCGCGGGAAUUCACUGCCAGAACAGCACGGGGGCCCAGCCAAGAGACGAGGGGUCCAGGCUGGGCCCCAGGGGGAGAAGUGGACCCCCAUGCUUCAACCAUUGAAAGUGUAUUAGCAGCAUUGAUCCAGGAGAUGAAGAACACAAUGCAGAGAGACCUGAACAAGAAGAUGGUGGAAAAUGUGGCUUUCAGCGCCUUUGAUGAUUGGUGGGAGCGUAAGGAAGAAAAGGCCAAGCCUUUUCAAAAUGUGCCCAAGCCACCUCCACGGGAAGAGGACAAGGAAAAGACGAGGCCCAAGGAGCCUGGCCUGCUCUCAUUGGUGGACUGGGCCAAGAGCGGGGGUUCAGAAGGCUUUGGUUUUGGUACUGGGCUCAGAGAGGCUCUCAGGCUGCCAUCUUUUAAGGUGAAAAGGAAACAGCCAUCAGAAGAUGAGGAGAGUGAUGAGCAGAAGAGGCCUCGUCCCUCCACCCCAGCUGAGGAGGAACAGGAUGAAAGAGAGAAAGAGACGGAGUCUGACUCUAGACAAGGAGUGAAACAUUCCCAGAAGGAAGGCAAGCGAGUGCACAAGCGUCGGCGUCCAUUCCAUCUGGACAGUGAAGGAGAGGAGACCUCCGAGGAGUCUGUGUCAGAAAAGGACGAUGAUGAAGAAGAUGAACGGAGUGAUAAGGGAGAGGAUUCAGAAGAAGAGAUUUCUCCUCUUACCAAACUUUCCUCCAAGAUCAUCUCUGAUGACGACAGCUCCAGUGAAUCCGACAGCAGCAGCUCCUCUUCGUCUUCCUCAUCUUCGUCCUCCUCAUCUUCCUCCUCUGCGUCCUCCCCAGCCUCUUCUGAUGAUGAGGAGGAACACGAGGAAACCCUAGAUAUUCUGGGUGUUUCUGAACCUCCCAGGCCCCCUAGCCCUGCUUCUCCUCCUCCCCUAGAACUGGAACCGAUAGCUGAUAAAAAAGAGAUGUUGGAUAUACCACCAGCUCCAGAGGUUAAAGAGGAACAGUCCACUGAAAUUCCAGAGCCGUCUCCUCUGCCCCCUGAGCUUCCGUCCAAACCCUCUGCUCCUCCAUCUCCUCCGCUACAGCUCCUCCCUCCCCCCAAGAAAAGGCGUAAAACCGUGUCAUUCCAGCUCCUUCCAGAAGAAGAAGCCGAGACAGCAGAAAGCAAACCCCAAAACCACCAGGUUCAAGAAAAUGUUGCUCCUGAAUGUCCGAUUAGUCCCCUGCCAGAGCCCAAGUGUGUGUUGCCUUCACCCACUGAGAAGGCUCCUCCUCCAUCUCUUGAGGCUCCUUCUGCACAAACCGCAGAGCUUCAUACCAGCCCUAAACCUGAGCCUGAGGAGCUUCCCCCUCCAGCCAAAGAACCGUCUCCUCGGAAACAGCUCCCAGAGCGGCUCACUGUACUCAACCUUCCUUGGGACCACGCAUCAAUGGUGAAGUCCUAUCCACCUCAAGUGCACAGAGAAGACAGCAUGGAAGAAACCGAAGAAGACUUUGAAAAGGAGCUUGAAGUGGAAGAGGUGAAACCAGUGCCUCUCAUUGAAGCACCAAUGCAUCCGGAACCAAAGUCUCCUCUUUUAGCAGAACCCUGUGAGUUAGAAAGGACAGAAUCAUUAGAAGAUCUACUCUUUGCCCCAGUACGACAGAUACUCCUAGAGCACAGCUAUGCAUGUAUACCCGCUGCACUCAAACAGCCUCCUAGGAAACGGCGUCUUUCCAUGGAGUCUGAGAAAUCCAAUGAACUUGUACAUGUAGAUCUUGGGCAAGCAGUGCUGGAGGCCCCAGAGGAGGUUGUUUGCAUAGGAGGAGGUCUGAUACCAGGGGGAGAUGGGGAGGCAGGGCUGCUCGAUGUUGGGCAUAUGGAAAUUACAUCACCCAGGAAAAUUGAAGAGGCUCUGGCUAAAUUGGUGCAAACCGAGCCAAAGAUCAAAAGCAAACGGACGCUGGUUAAAGAGGCGGAACCUGGGGAGGUAACCUCUGAGGAAGAAGAGGAGGAUGAAGAAGUAACAUGGGUAAGCAGUCGGCAGUUGAGGUCCCACAAGAGCCGGAAGACAGUCCAACGGCACUUGCCUCCUCUGUAUGAGAUUCGCAUCGAGUUUGAGCAGAUGACUAUACUGUAUGAUAUCUGGAACACGGGACUAGACUAUGAAGACAUGGCCUUCCUCCGGGACACCUACGAGAGGCUCCUGCAGGAGGACCACAGCACGGACUGGCUCAAUGACACCCACUGGGUGCAUCACCCAAUCACCAACAUCGCCGACCCCAAGCGGAAGAAGAGCCGUCAGGACGGGCUGCGUGAGCACCAGACGGGAUGUGCCAGGAGUGAGGGGUAUUAUGCCAUUAGCAGGAAGGACAAGGACAAGUACCUGAAAGUACUUCUUGUAGCCGCUGAGGAGCAGGAGGCAGACACACAGGGCACUAACCGGGUGCUGUCAGAGCGUCGCUCGGAGCAAAGGCGUCUGCUCAGUGCUAUGGGCUCUACUGCUCUGCUGGACAGUGAUCUGCUCAAACUCAAUCAGCUGAAGUUCCGAAAGAAGAAGCUGAGGUUCGGCCGCAGUCACAUUCACGAGUGGGGUCUGUUUGCGAUGGAGCCCAUUGCUGCCGAUGAAAUGGUGAUAGAAUACGUGGGGCAGAACAUUCGACAGGUGGUGGCAGACAUGAGGGAGAAGAGAUAUUCCCAGCAGGGAAUCGGCAGCAGUUAUCUGUUCCGCAUGGAUCAGGACACCAUUAUCGACGCCACCAAAUGUGGGAACCUGGCCCGAUUUAUCAACCACUGCUGCUCGCCCAACUGUUACGCCAAAGUGAUCACCAUCGAGUCCCAGAAGAAAAUCGUCAUUUACUCCAAACAGCCAAUCGGCAUCAACGAGGAGAUCACGUACGACUACAAGUUCCCCCUGGAAGACAACAAGAUCCCGUGUUUGUGUGGGACAGAGAACUGCAGGGGGACCUUGAAUUAACCCUUCCCUUGCCCCUCUCUCAAUGUGCCUGACUCCGGGGGCCGCAGCCAAAAUGACUAUGAAGAAGGUUGCCCAGCACAGUCUGCUUCUUGCAAUGGGGCAUUACGGGUGCCCACGGAGGUGCCAGCCAAUAGGGGACCGUUGUUUCCUUUUUAAUCUUUUCUUUCCAUUUCUCUGGCCGAUUUAUGGCACUUUAAUAAGGUCCCGGCCCUGUUUAUGUCCCCCCUGUUGGCUCGACUACAAGUGAUUUUCUUUUUACCCUGCCCCCCCAUCACAACAUUUUAUUUGGGCUACUUUUAUAUCUUUUACAUCAGCUUAUUCUUUUAUUCCUUUCUGGGAGUAUUUUUAUUUAUACAAGAGAUGUGGAACCCGCUGCCUCCAGCAGAGCUACUUCAUUAAACUCUGGGAGGGAGUCUGAUUGGCCCAAGCAAGUCAACAUGGCUGCCUCUAGCCUUCCCCGCGGCUCAUCUAUAUCGGGGCGUGGCUAGCAGACACUGAGGGACUGGCAUUCAGAUCUCCUCCUUCAUGGUUACCUGACACUUGGGACCCCCUGACUGCCAGAUGAUCAGAGCCGUCUCUCACUUGAUUGGACGAUCCGCUGAUUUAAACACAGAUGCAGCACAAUGUGCUGGAAGAGUCUGAAUUGCUCAGGCUUGUGUAUAUACAACUGUCACACAGCCCUGUUCAUAUGUACAUACAUAAAUAUAUAUAUUGACUCUAGGAUACACAGGGUGGCCCAGAACAUACUCCAGACGUACAGAUUUGUGCUGUGGGGAGAGACCCUUCUUUAUGGCACAUACACUGACAGCCGCUGUGAUGCAUAGUGGUGCCGAGUUUCUCUCUUAUCUGUUGCUUGGCUGCAUCCUUCUAUUACCUGGGGAUGCUGGGACGUCGCUCCCACAAUGCAGCAGGGGCAGUACAGAGAUACUCAGUAGCACUAUGGGUUUCAGCAUGUUAUAUAGUUCCACAGCUUUACUCAGAUGCGUAUUCCCUAGUCCAGUCUUUUAACUUGUAUUUAUUUUAUUACGUUUCUCCAUGGGGAUGUUUUUCGUUUAAAGUGUAGCCCGGUUUCAACUGCACUUAACCCUCCCCAGCAGUAAUAUACCCCCCCCCCACCAAAUCUCCUGUCCGACGGGAAGUAGAGGCCGAGCCUUACAGAAUAAAGGGAAAUCUGCUCAAUGUAAAUAAAUACAUACAGGCUCUGUUUAGUAAAGUAGUAGGCCCUGCAGCCAUUGGCUGGACUACAGUUCCCAGCAUGCAUUAGAGCAGAAGCUGGGGGGAGCCUUGUUGCUUGGUACAGUCCAGAGGCAAAGUUUAUUGCACUAAACAUUCCUUCUGUGUGUAUUUACAUUCACGUGAGAAAGAGGAGGCUGACGUAUUGCUCUUAAAGGAGAAGGAAAGCUACAGUUUAUUGCCAAUAGAUUAACCACAAUAGUGCAAGCUAUAACACUAUAUUUAUUCUACAGAAUG